UGCUUCACUAGCCUACUGCUGCUGCGUACUGUACUUACGACUCGCUGGUGAGGCGACCAAAUGACUCAAUACAUUUGGUAGCUAGAGUACGGCACUUGUGGAUAUACAUUAGCUACGAUAUCUCAGAAAUAUGUAUGUAUUUUUCAGAAAAUUACAUUUAUGACUUCGGGUAGUUAAGUUAAAUAUCUUGCAACUGCGUCCUUGUCUUAGCAAAUCAGAGGCAUUCAGUUGCUUUGUCGGAAGGCAGCACGAGCGCGUUGGUCUGGUGUGGCUAGCAACACAGCCAUCUAGCUAACUGUUGUUAGCAUUUUAUUUGUAUUAACAAACAAACUAGCUAAUUUUGUGAAACCAGUCUGAGGUAAACCUCUAGACAGGUGUGACUGUGGAGAUGUCCAAGGCUCCAGAUUCCCCUGCACGGUCCCGCUCCAGAUCAAAGUCCCGGUCCAGAUCCAGGUCUUACACACGGUCUCGCUCGAGAAGCCGCUCCAGAUCCAGGAAGCACCGCUACAGUUCCAGGUCUCGUUCCCGUUCCAGAUCUCACUCUCCGUCCCACGGCAGGAACUAUCCCACCAGAGACUACCAGAACAACCAGGGUUACCAGGGUUACCAGAGAGGCUACAACCGCGGCUUCCGCAGACCCUUCUACUUCCGUGGUAGAACCCGGGGCUUCUACCCUCGCCGUGGUUACCAGAGAGGAGGGAACAGCUACGGCUACAGAGCCAACAACUGGCGGGGGGGGGGCUACCGGGACGGGCCACACCGCGACCAGGAUCACCACGGUCCGCACAGCCCCAGGAGAGGCCGCUCACGCUCCCGCUCCCGCACUCCUAGGAAACGCUCGGGCAGCCGCAGCCACUCGCGGUCUCGAUACUCUGACCGCUCGUCCUCCAGGGGUUCCCGGUGGUCUCGGGGGCGCCACAGCUCGUCUCGCUCCCGCUCCUCGUCCCCGCGGCAUCACCGCAGCAGCCCUAGCUCGGGGAAGCCUGGCUCCAAGGAUGUAAAGGACAGGGCUACGCCAGCAGAGGUCAAGGGGGAGAGAGGAGAAGGGGCUGUGGAGCAGGCAGGAGGAAAGGGGGGAGAGGGCAGUAGUCAUGAUAAGACCUCUGCUGGGAAAUGGCAGGGUCUGAGUGACUAUGACACCAGCCCCAAACGCAGCAGUCCCACUGUUGGUGCCAACCAGGAAAAAUCAGAACCCAAAGGGCCGUUGUGGAGAACCAUCGGCAGCACUGGCAGUGCUCCCUCCACCAACAGCCCACCGGGCUCCACCAAGGCCGGGCCGACCGCCUCCUUCAGCGGGUUUGGCUUCCUUGGCAAGGAGGAUCCCACCAGGGCAGACGAUAAGAUUGCCAUUUCCUCUGCUUUCAAAAAGUUCUUGGCAGAAAACAAGAGCAAAAAGCAGCAGCAGGCGGCGGCAGAGUGGGAGAAUGGCCGGGACAGGGACCAGAGCACCACGGACGGAGACGGCAGAGAGAAAGUCAAGAGCAGGACUAGCAGUGGCCUCUUUAACAUAACAGCAGCCUCCUUCAGCUCCAAGGCUGAUAAGUCCCUUCCCUUCCUGGACAAAGCUGAAGAGGCCUUCCUCAAGUCUCAGGCUGCAGGGAGAGAGAGAGAGAGGGAGGUGGAAGAGGAGGCCAAGCCCAAAGGAGCCACCCUGACGACACGGGACGUGUUUGGGAAGUGGGAAGACGAGCCCCAUUACUACCUUCCAGGGAAGGACGAGGAGAGACUGAGAGACACGGCCGAAGACGUGGAGGAAGACCUGGAGCACAUGGAGGAGGAGCUCUACCGCAGCCGCAAGCAGGCCUCCAAGAAAGAAGAGAAGAAGAAGAAGGAGAAGAAAGACAAGGAGAAGAGCAGUAUGUCCCCAGCCACAGCAACCAUGGUCCCUAGGGGUUCAGGGAGCAGGGAGAAGGACAGGCCCCUGGCCCUGUUCCCCGUCACUAGGGUGGAGUCACCCCUACCCAGGCCCUCUGGAAAGAGGGAGGACUUUGAGCUUAGUAUCAACUCCUUUGACAAGAUGGCCAGCUGCUCUGGAGGUCUGACCAGGGAGCGUGGUAUGUCCAGGGAUCUGGUGCAUCCCACUAAGAAAGAUCAUGGAGAGUUCCGUUCCAUCUUCCAGCAUAUUCAGGCUGCUCAGCUCAGACGCAGCCCCUCGGAGCUGUUUGCGCAGCACAUUGUCACCAUUGUGCACUACAUCAAAGCCCAACAUUUCAGCUCUUCAGGCAUGACUUUAAGUGAGCGAUUUGCCAUGUACCAAAGAAAAGCCGCUGAGAUGGAAUUGAUGAAGCCAAGGAAGAGUCCAGAAAUCCACAGGAGAAUCGAUGUCUCCCCCAGUGCGUUUAAGAGACACUCUCACCUGCUAGAGGAGCUGGAGGACUGCAGCUACAAGGAUCAGGGUAAAAAACCUAAAGGUGACCCAAUGGACCUACGUCUGGAUAUAGAGCGCCGAAAAAGGUUUACUGGGAAGGAGCCUGGGCAGCACAAACGUGACGGGGGCAAGGGCUCCGGAGGCUCCCGAGGACCCAGCCAAGAGGGGUCCUCCGAGAAAUCCGCCAAACGCCACAAGAAAUCCAAAAAAACCAAAAAGAAGCGUGAUCGCUCUCCAUCCUCCUCCUCUUCCUCCUCCUCUCCCUCUCCCUUCAGAGGAGGGUUCAGAGGUAAAGACCACAUGAUGGGGGAGGAGGUGGAGCACAUGGACCAGGGCUACAGUAAGCCUCGCUUCGGGCCCCGGGACUAUGGAGGCCCCAUGGAUAGGGGUCCCCCCCGGGACUACGGAGGCCCAAUGGAUAGGGGUCCCCCCCGGGAUUGUGAUGGCCACAUGGACAAGGGUCCCCCCCGGGAUUAUGAGGGCCACAUGGAGAGGGGUCCCCCCCGGGAUUAUGAGGGCCACAUGGAUAGGGGCCGGGGACGUGGAGGAGGAUUUCUCCCCAGAGUGAGAGGAGGUGGAAGGGGCUGGAACAGGGGCAAUUACCAAGGAAACAACAACAGCAACCCCCCUCCUAAUAUGAGCAACGCCCCCCCAGAACGCCCGCCAGACGAGGAGUGGGACCCAGAGUACACUCCUAAGAGCAGGAAAUAUUACUUUCAUGAUGACCGAGAGGGAGAGAAGACGUGGCUGGAGAGCCGUGGCCGGGGCCGAGGGGCAUUCCCCCGCAGCAGGGGACGCUUCAUCUACCGCAAGGGGGGCAGCAGCCCCAACAAGUGGACUCAUGACAUGUUCCAGGGGGACGGGGAGGAGGGGGGUGAGCACGGGGAGGAGCACCACACAGAGAUGGACCAGAAAGACAACAUCCAGGCCGGAGACCCCUCAGCAUCCAAGCUGGAGUAGACCCUCCUCCAUCUUCUUCCUCUGCCAUCUUCCUCCAGAGCUUUCUGUCCAUCUGUUUGUUAGAGGUCAUCUGAUUAUCUGCCGUCAUCUCUGUGUAAGCUAGAAGAGCCUAAACCCUGGCUACCUGCCCUGCACAUAGUCAGUCACAGCAUCAGAAUGUACACGGUCGUUUUCGUAUUGACUCGAGCCACUUUCAGUAAGGGUUAUAUGGGAUAACUUUUUUUAAUUGAACUUGAAUUAAGGGGUGAGCUAUUUUAAUUACUACCAGUAAUUUGUCUUUGUUUCUGGGUGUUUGAUAUGUAAAGAUGCGCUUUGUUUGUCUUUUGUCUGUAUUUGCUUGUUUGUGUUACGAACAAUAGCAGACUGGUUUCCAAUCGUCUCCUGUGGGAUAUACUACAAAGCAGGAUAAAGGAGUUGGUAAGCUAACUUGCCUAAGUAUUAUGAAAUAACUUUUUUAUAUAUUUUUGGAGUCAAUUAGACCAUGCCCAGAUUGAAAUAGGCAUGGUCUAAUUGACUCAACAACC